GGCUGAACACUACCAAGGCCAGUCCUGAGCAGGCCCAACACCAGUGCAGCCGCCCACCCUGCCGCCAUGUCUCUGACCAAGACUGAGAGGACCAUCAUUGUGUCCAUGUGGGCCAAGAUCUCCACACAGGCCGACACCAUCGGCACCGAGACUCUGGAGAGGCUCUUCCUCAGCUACCCGCAGACCAAGACCUACUUCCCGCACUUCGACCUGCACCCGGGGUCCGCGCAGCUGCGCGCGCACGGCUCCAAGGUGGUGGCCGCCGUGGGCGACGCAGCCAAGAACAUCGACAACAUCGGCGCCGCCCUGACCAAGCUGAGCGAGCUGCACGCCUACGUCCUGCGCGUGGACCCGGUGAACUUCAAGCUCCUGUCCCACUGCCUGCUGGUCACCCUGGCCGCGCGCUUCCCCGCCGACUUCACGGCCGAGGCCCACGCCGCCUGGGACAAGUUCCUAUCGGUCGUAUCCUCUGUCCUGACCGAGAAGUACCGCUGAGCGCCGCUGCGGGACCCCCAGCACAGGCU